CGCACGUCAGUCAGUCCGCCCCAUUCGGCCAGAUCAGUCGCAUAUUUCGUAGCGUCGCACCGAGCCAAAAAAAAAAAAAACAAAAAAAAGUUCCGUUUUUCUUUUUCAGAAUUUUUUCUGUUGUUUUUGUUUCUUCAAUUCUGCGCUUCGUUUGUUUUCUAAGAAAAGAAAGAAAAAGAGUGCAGUGUGUUUCAUCAACGACGUCGUUCCGUUUUUGCACAAUCAGCAGUGAAUUACAAUCUCUCUCUUGACUUCUGGGGUAAAGCCCCUAGAAUUUGAAAAAAAAGGCCCAAUAGAAAAGAAAAUUACGACAUUUUGACACGUAAUAGCCUUCAAUGCCUUUAUCAGUCGCAAUGCCGUGCGGAUUCGAAGAGAAUUUGAUGGAUUUCGAAUGUAGUGGUGGAGUGGCGGGAAGUUGGGGUGGCAGUAGCCACACAGUGACAGACUUUGACCAUCCCGAUCCACUCCUGAUGGUUUCUCUCAGCAACAAGGAACAGUUGAAUUGCACCAACGACGGAAUAGGAGCAAUUGCAGGAUCGAAAACGGAUUCGUCUUCUUGGUGUCGAAGCAACAGCCGUCCGUCAUCCAUGAGCGGAUUAGCCGGAAGCGGAUCAUCAUCAUCGGGAGGAGGUACGAACGGAUUGAGUUCAUCGUCCUACUGCCGCCGGCUGGGUUCGGCUACAACCAGCAGCAGUCGGCGUAGCGCCACUUUCCAGCUGUGGAGUCCGCGCUUGAGGCUGCGCGAUGAACGCAAACGCGUCCUCAAACUGUCGCUGGCCAAAUUGAGGCGGAUUGACGACGCGGAAUCGUGUCUGAGACGAUCCGUCUUGCUCAACAAUACGCUCAGGCGGCUGCAGCGCGAGGCCAGGGACGAGAAAACGACGGGAGUGAAUCAUCAGAUGGGCCCGUCGCCCGACUGCGCCAGUCGGCUCCAUCAUCCGGCCGUGCGGCUGGAACAAGCGGAUAAUAACGGGCACGAAUUGCAGAUGACGAGGUCGCUGUUGAGCUGCGACGAACUGCCCGUCUCGUCGGCCGAUUUGACGCUGGAAACGGCCAACGGGCAAUCACGAGCGGCGUCGAUUAAAAGGCGGCGGACGUCGGCUGACGUCACGGACGACUUGUCCAUCCCGUCGUCGCUCGAGUCGUCGUCGUGCGGAUUGAACUUUAGCGAUUUAUACCUUCCACCUACACCGCGCAUGAUCUCCUCACUGGAAGACGAGGAAGAGGCCGAGGCGUGGCAGUGCGUCAAGAGGCCAAAGAUUGCCGCCGCCGGAAAUGACGUCAGUGGGCGGAAUCGACCCGCUUUACGUCCGUGUAAUUCUUUACCGUCACCGGCGACGUCACCGUCCACCGGUUCGUCUGUGACGUCGUCAUCGUCGGCCAAUCAAAACAAUUCGCCCAUUCUCACCGGAUACACGUCGUGUUCCGGCCUCUCGCUGGUCACGUCCAACUCUUCCGCAGCCGCUUCCGCCCAGCAGUCGACCUACUCGUGUGGGCAAUCGUCGCUCUUUGGCGAACUUCAGUCGGUCGUCUUCCACUCACUCAUCACCUCUUUGGAAUCGUAGAGCAGACGAACCACUUCCAGCCGGUCAGUUAACCCGUUAACGCAUUAACAAGAAGAUGGAGAUAAAAAACCAACCGCCGUGUGUGUCUUUAUUGACCGCCAUCAUCAUCAUAUGAUACCCGUGUCCUGUCCUUUUUUUUUUUUUUAUAUGGCCCUCCUCCUAUUCCCCGUUCUUCCGGUUAUUGAUUCCGGUCCUUCCCACCCACCCCCCUUUUUUCUAUACUAUUCAUUUUCUGUUGAGCGCGCAGCAGACUGGGGGGGGGGGGAUCCACACGCACUAUUUUUUUUUUUUUUAGGGUGGAAGGUGUGUGUGUGUGUGUUGCUAUCCAUCGUCAAGAUAUCCGGAAUGUGAAAGAAAAUGUUCUUAACCCUGCCGGAAUUCCGGAAUCUGCGCACAUGGUGCCAUCUUUCUUUUUUUUUUUUUUUUUUUAAAUAAUGAAAAUGACCCGGAAUUCCGGCCAUUUCUCUCCAUUGAUUGGAUUCCUCCCUCUCUUGUAAAUAAUAUAACACACACACACAGCUACAUACGUAUAUCGUUAUUCUAAUAAUCUCUGGUCUAUUUUCAAAUUGCAUUAAAGCAAAAAAAAAAAAAAAAAAGGACAAAAAAAAUUUUUUUGAUUUAAAAUGUUUACCCCC